AUGGAGUCGGGUGGCGAGCAAAAUCAUGUUGAGAUAUACAGUCUUAGUACUGAUUCUUGGAGAGCUCUUGGAGGCGUUUUCAUAAAUAAUCUGUUUGCAUCUUGUUUCAAUGCAGAUACAAACGGGAUGUGUUCUUGGUGGGCAAAUAAUCAAGUCACAGGUUGCAGUGCUGUUUCCUUUGACAUGAGCACUGAAGUGUUUUUUGAUACGCCUGUCCCUGAUGCUUUUUCUGAUGUUUUUUCAGAUUUUUCAGCCAUUGGUGUGGAAUUACUCUGGUUAUGUGAUUCCACUGUUAUGACUCCUUUAGGAUUUUGGAAGAAUGGUGGGUUGUUUAUGGAAACAUGUGAGGGGCAGCUAGUCUUUUACCAUCCUGUUACUCCAGAAUUGAAGAACCUUCAAGUUGAUGGGGCUCCCAAAUCCUUAGCAGUUGCUACGUACAAGGAGAUACAAGUCAUGAGAAGAAAUAAGCUAAUUUAG